UAAUUUCUCUCUCUCUCUCUCUCUCUCUUAUGUCUCUGGUUCUACUCGAGAAAGAUAGAGAAUUUAGCUGCACAGAUCUUCGUCUCAAAGCUCUGAAAAGGUCUGAAAAUCUCUGCAGAUUCAUGCAUCCAAUCGAUCUUCCUCUGUUAUCAUCAUCACCAUUACGGGAUUAUCUCAGCGUCAGCUAGGUCUUGGAAGUCGAAUUUGUUCAUCCUAAGAGAUUUUCUUUUUCCCCUCUUUGACUGCUGAUUGGAAUUGCACGAAGGAGCUAGAAAGUGUAUGAGACAUGGCGAGUCGGAUGAGGGAAGACGAGAAGAAUGAGAAGAUCAUUCGUGGUCUCCUGAAACUUCCUGCAAAUCGGAGGUGUAUCAAUUGUAACAGUCUGGGACCACAAUAUGUGUGCACAAAUUUCUGGACAUUUGUUUGCACAACCUGCAGUGGGAUACAUCGGGAGUUCACUCACCGUGUGAAAUCAAUAUCAAUGGCUAAAUUUACUUCACAAGAAGUUGCUGCUCUUCAAGGAGGGGGUAAUGAGCGUGCAAGGGAAACUUACUUCAAAGAAUGGGAUCCACAGCGUCAUUCCGCACCAGAUGGCAGUAAUGUAGAUAGACUUAGGGACUUCAUCAAGCAUGUUUAUGUGGAUCGGAGAUAUACUGGUGAGAGGAGCAUUGACAAACCACCAAGGGUGAAGUCGGAUGACAGGGAGGACUCUUAUGAAAACAGGAGGAUGGAUACAUAUCGUGGUGCUUCUAGAAGCCCACCUUAUGAGGACAGAUAUGAACGUCGAUAUGGUGAAAGAUCUGGUCCUGGUGGUAGAAAUGAUGAAAGAAACUAUAGAUAUAAUUAUGAUGAAAGAAGAAGUCCCGGAUAUGAUCAAGAAGGCCAACGAUAUGGUGACUACGGGAGAAGUCCUGGUCGCUUUGAGGUGGUUGAUGACUGGCGCCGAGAUGAUAGAUUUGGAAAUGGUAGGAAGUCAGAAGAGAGAAGAUCUUCUGAUGGAGAAUCUAGAUUCGAUGGCAGGUCACCGAAUCGUCAAAAGGACUUGGGUGCAUCCAGUCCUCCUAUGGUACGCCCUGUAAGGGAUAUCCUGGGGGAGGCUGUUCCACGUCUUCAGAUUGGUGAACCUCCUAAAGCAAAUGGUAGCAAGAUUGCCGAUGGUUCCCUGCAUGCAAAGACUGCCUCUUCCAGUAGCCUGGGAUCCAUUGAAGGGAAUUCAGUAGAUCUUAAAAUGGCAAAUUCAGUAAGCUUAAUCGAUUUCGGUGCUGAUCCUGUACUGCCUGAUGCAGCUGCAGCACCACAAACACAACCAACAAUACCACAUACAAGUCAAGAUGUUACGCAUCCAACAAGUUCAUCUGUCAGUGACAAUAACUGGGCCUCAUUUGAUCUUGUCCCACAGGAAAAUGUGUCUCAGCCCCCUUCAAAUGUGAAUGGUCUAGAAUCUGUAUUGUCACAAUUGUCAGCACCAGCAGCUGCAGCACCACCUUUUAAUAGCACACCAACAUUAUUCUCAGGUGGUGUUGGUCCAUCAGUUGCACCUAUGAGCAAUGUGCCAAUAUUCCCAGGUACUGCUGGUGGUCCAGCUGCAACUGUGGGGCAAAUAUCACCGUCACCCAGUGGUGGUGCUCCUGCAAUUGCAUUAAUAGGCAGCAUAUCAUCAUUAGCUGUGGGUGGCAGUGCUCCAACAGCUGCACCUGGAGGCAUGAUGUCAACAUUGCCUGUUAGUGGGGGGCACUGGCCAGGAGCCCAGCAACAUCAACCUUUUUUGUUUCCUGCUAAUGAUAGUCAGUCUACUGUUCAACAGCUUGCCCCAUCAGUUGGUGGAGCUCCAAACAAUCAACCAUGGAGCUCUUCACUUGCACCAGUUAUACCAGUACCUUCAAAUAGUACCCCAACUGCACAACAAUCUCAGGCACAGCAAACCCAAGAAACCAAUUCUUCACUCACAUCACAACCUCUCCCUGUGGAAGCAAAAUCAAGUGGAAGAACAGAACUUCCAGUGGAUCUUUUUACUGCAACCUAUUCAUCAAUUCCUGUAGGGGGUUUUGGUUGGCAAGCUGUUCCACCUCGUGGCAUGGGUUAUGGCAUGCAGUAUCCUACUGCAGCGCCAAUGCCAGCUUUCCUCCAUCCACCAAAAUCAACCAAUCCAUUUGAUCUUAACAAUGAUACAUCUGUAGUUCAAGCCCCAACGUUUCCAUCAAUGUCAUCUCUGCAAGGGGCACUUCCAAACAUAGCACCACAUGCGGGCUUAGCUUCAAGCCUUGGUACUUCACAUUGGAUGCCUCCCCAGGCACCGUCUUAUGGAUCAGGGGUUCCACCCCAUGCAGCAUCUUAUGCACCAGCAAUGCUCCCAAGUGCAUACGUUGGGCAACAAGCACCCAAAAAUAUGCUGCCUUUUGGACAUCAAGGAGUUGGAGGCUAUGGCAGUGAUGGAGCUGGUUUUGGCAGUAUGGACCAGCAGCUGGCUGGCACAUACUCACAACCUGCACCUCCAAAUUCUUUUUCUUCUGGAGRCAACCCAUUUGGAUAGAUGCAACAAUGAAGGUUUUCCUGUCAUUAAAGGUCGGCAUCUUGAAGAAAUUUGGUUUCAUUCUGGUUGAAGACCAAGUGAACUCAUCCAGCCAAAUGAGAAAAUUUCUGGUGUGCACCUUUGGCUAUUGUAAGGAUUAUAUGGUUGGUUGGCCAUAUAAAAGUAGUGUGAGGUGAAAAGAAGACAGAGGUGAAAGAGGAGAAAAUUGCAGUUUAUGGGUUGGGAAGGGCAUUGCUAACAGGUUGCUUUGAGGGGUGGGGAUUUUUAUUUUUGUUUUUCAUUUUAAUUUGGUUUCUAUUGACAUGGUGUUUAUUGUAAAUCUAAUUGUUAUUCGUACCACAUUCUAUUGGGUGUUCCAUAGGUUGCCUGGGCCCUAGGGUUUGUAUCCUUCGUAUUAGGUUUUCCUUUCUACCUGGUCCUAGGGUUUUGUGAUUCUCUUUUCUUUCUUUCUUUCUUUCUUUUUUUUUUUUCAUAUUAGGUUGCUAUUACCAUUUCUUCCACAAUCAUGGAAAGCACUUUGGUAUCAUGAAAGCAUCUAUUAAGUUUUUGUUGUUACAGGAUUGGAAUUUGUAUUGAUGGUAUAAAAGAAAGUUACAAUAUGGUUUUGAUCAUGAUGGAGAUUAUUGUGUUUUUGGGGCUGUCGCUUAGCCAAAGGACAAAUACGGAGCCUUCUUUUGGGUCUUGAGAUGAUAUGGAUGUAUUCACUUUUCCGGUCAUGAAACUGUUUGAUUAUAGUUUUGAUAUGUUAAAUCCAAUGCCUGCCACUCUGCAGUGAAGUGGACAGGCACAAGCUUUCAUGCCCUUCAAUUUGACUGCACCAACAACAAAAUUAGGCUUCUUCUCUUAAUCACACAAAGAUGCAGAUUGUAAAGGCCAUCAUCCAAUAUUGAUCCAAGCUAUUUAGUAUUUUGGGAGGGGUGGACUUGAUACCUUAUGGAUCCAACUUCUGGCAUAUUUUACACACAGUGGCAGCUCUGAAACUCGACUCUAACAUGUUCUCAUGCUUGUUGUUAGUUCCAGAUUCUCUUAUUACCUUUGCUGUUAUAUUAAUGUUGUCAUUUUUUACUUGUGCAAAGUGAGAUAUUUGGCAAUUUUCAACGAGGGUAUUUUUUGUGGUACAUUUUCCCCAUGGUCAGGAAUCAUUCUCAGCCAAUGCAGAAUUGUAUGUACGAAUUCUCAUUUGAAUGUAAA